GACGUGCACGCUGCUUUAGAAGAGGAGGAUUUAUUUGUUUUUUUGGGGGUGGUCGGCAAGCUGGUGUUCACUAAGUUGGAAAGGAUCAUUUGAGCGUGCGUGGACUUUCCUUCCACUCCACGAGGACGCAGGGACCUCGGCGCGAGUGAAAGGAGCGAAUCCUUUGGAUUUAAAACCAAUAACCUCCUUAUUCAUUCAUUCAUUCACGUUUCUGCUGCCGUUGUGCCGAGACGAGCACACACAUUGCACAGCGAUGCCCGCACCCAGAUGUCCUCUUCUUCACCUGGCCGUCUGUCAUUUCGGUGGCCGAGGCGGCACCGCCAGCAGCCGCCCUUAGGAUACAUCAUCAGCUGCUGCUUGCUGCUCGGAGACAAGUGGGGAGAGCCUCGUAACUGCGAUUUGUACACUUUGACAAUGUCUUGAGACGCGCGACGGGGGGUGAAAGCUUGCAAGAUGAUGACAGAUUACCGGGAGGAUGGUAUGGACCUGGGGAGCGACGCGUCCAGUCGCUCGAGCUCAGAGUCCAACUCCAACAAAGUUACUCCCUGCUCCCCUUCUCCUGACCUGGCCACGCUGGAUGUCUACAAAUCAUCACCUUCUCUGGACCUUGUCACCCUUGAGGACUAUGAGGAGGACGAGGACUACCAAGAGUACAAGAAGAAGGUGAUGGAGGAGUGGGAGAGCGAGUACGGAGACAACUGCGCUUCUCCGCAGGCUCCGGGUCAGGAGGAAAGCGGAGGUGGCAUUGUGAGGCCCGACGAGAUCGGUGAGGUUUACAGGAAGAGCAGCCGCAGCCUCCCCGAAGAAUUGCAGGAUAUAAAGACUGUUCCGCCCCUCCUGGCCCCCAGCAGAUGCACCGCCGCCACCGUCGCCGCCCCUGAUGAACUUAAACAAAACGGGAAUCUCAUUUUGCCCCGCAACAACCUGCCCCACUCCCAUGGUACACCACAGGGGGGACUCACAGGGACACCCAAGCCCAGGCAACACAGAUUCAGUCAAGGCAGGGGGAGCCGCAGCACUGGCGGGGGCAGUGGAGGUGGAGGAGGAGGAGGCGGUGUUGGGACUGUGGGACGUAAGGGGGGUUACAGAGAAGAGGAGAGUGUAGAAGAAGAGACUCUGCCCACCAUGGACUGGGCAGCCUUGGAGAGGCAUCUGGCAGGGCUUCAGUGCCGAGAGCAGGAGAACCAGAACCUCAAUUAUAACCAGAACCACAACGUAGGCAAGACCAGCUACACCUCAGCCCAAAAGAAUGAGAGAGAGUCUAUUCGGCAGAAGUUGGCCCUGGGCAGUUUCUUCGACGAUGGACCGGGCAUCUACACCAGCUGCAGCAAGAGCGGCAAGCCCAGCCUGUCAUCACGGCUGCAGAGCGGCAUGAACCUGCAGAUCUGUUUCGUUAACGACAGCGGCAGCGACAAGGACAGCGAUGCGGAUGACAGCAAGACAGAGACCAGUCUGGACACGCCUCUGUCGCCCAUGUCCAAGCAGAGUUCGUCCUACUCGGAAAGGGACGCCACGGAGGACGACUCCGAGUCCCUGGAGGACAUGGACUUCUUGAGUCGACAGAAGAAGCUCCAGGCGGAGGCCAAGCUGGCACUGGCCAUGGCCAAGCCCAUGGCCAAGAUGCAGGUGGAGGUGGAGAAACAGAACCGUAAAAAGUCGCCCGUGGUUGAUCUGCUCCCGCACAUGCCUCACAUCAGCGAAUGUCUCAUGAAAAGAAGCCUGAAGCCCACCGACCUGAGGGACAUGACGCUGGGACAGCUUCAGGUUAUCGUCAACGAUCUGCACUCCCAGAUCGAGAGUCUGAACGAGGAGUUAGUACAGCUGCUGGUGGUUCGAGAUGAGCUCCACAUGGAACAAGAUGCCAUGCUGGUCGACAUCGAGGAUCUCACUAGGCAUGCUGAGAGCCAGCAGAAACAUUUGGCUGAGAAGACCCUAUCCAAAUAAGAUGCAGCCCCCCUCCUCCCCCCCAUCCGGCUCCACCUUCACCCCCUAACCCUCCCACUGCCUAGACCAAAUGAAGCCCUUCGCCACACCAUCACGCCUCCAUCUUGAUCCAAGUUUGCCCGCUUGUCUCCUUACCCACCUUCUCCACCUGCUCUCCUGCCCAGACCCCCUCAAAUCUCCAGCACAAAAGACCGCCGCCAUCUUUCAUCCGCUUGCGUGGCUUAAUCUCGGGGUAGCGCGUCCUACUUCCCCGGGAAGGAGCAGAGGAAAGGGAUUGUGUAUUGUCAUGGAUUCUGUCCCAGCUUCCUGUGCAGUGAUCGGCCUUGCUUCGCUCUCGUUUCCUUACAACUUUCUACAUUCGCCACUAAAUUAUUACUGUCAAAUGCAAAAAAUUGUGGGAAAAAAGUCAAGUCAUAGUGAAAACUUUAGUAGAAAGUCUUUAAAACAAGAAACAACACUGUAUUUAAAAAAAAAAAAAAAAAAAAAAGAUGG